ACUGGCUAAACAUUCAAGUUCAGUCGGAUCAGUUCAUGAUCAGCAGGUCGACUUGACUCAUUGCGCUUUGCCGGGCUUCCUACCAAUAAAUAUUUCGAGGAUAAUUAUUGUGAGUGUGUGUUUAUCAGUUGACAGUUUCGCGCAGCUCCUCAAGAGGCUGCGUUCCUUGAUCAUUUCAUAUGGCUUUUUCUUGCUGAUCUUCUCCUCGAAGCAGGAAGAUAUCCCAGACGACGUAAAUAUUGACCGAGAUGGGACCUAACCAGCUGAUUUCUUCAUUAAUGCAACUAGUUUUUAUCCUGUUGUGUUGUUACUCAUCCGUCGAGACUUGGGCGACGCCACGAACUAUCAGACAAAUAUCAAAAUGCGGCUCGAACACAGAGUGCGUGAACAUCAGGAAGUGUAAGUACAUCAUAGAGCGGCUGCAGAACAAGGAGAAGGACCCGACGAUAAUCGAGGACGUGCGGAAAUCCACGUGUGGUUUCGAGGGGCGCGACCCGAAGGUAUGCUGUCCAACGGCCAGCCGCCCGAAACCGCCCCCGUAUCAACAACCCCCGACGGACAGCACCAACAACCUGGACGCCUUCGACCUGAACCGCUACCCCAAGCUCCGCGGCCAAGAGAAGUGCGGCAUCACUGGUAUCCUUCCCAAUCGUAUUGUCGGCGGACGGAACGCGUCUUUAGAACCUGGUCCGAGUUGGAGAUUUGCAUUUAGAUCCGAAGGUCUAUGAUGGCGCAAGCCCAGUGGAUAUCGUCAUUGCGGAAAAGAUAAUCCAUCCCGGCUAUGUAGCAGCCCCUGUCUCCAACGACAUCGCCAUCCUCCGCCUUUCAAAGCAGGUGCAAUUUACAAAUCUGAUUAAGCCUAUUUGCUUGCCGUUUCGAAAAGAUAUUCGGAAAAAUUCUCUGGUGAACUACGAGCCGUACGUUGCUGGCUGGGGAGCAACUUCUUGGAACGGACCAGACAAUAAGCACCUACAGGAGGUGCAGGUGCCUGUGGUGGCCACGGAGGAGUGUAAAAUUAACUACAAAUCUCGGCAAGAUGCGGUCAUUGAUCAGCGCGUCCUCUGCGCCGGCUACAGAGAUGGCGGCAAGGACUCAUGUCAGGGUGACAGUGGCGGUCCGCUCAUGUACUUCAAAGACGGGGCUUUCUAUCUUGUCGGAGUCGUCUCAUUCGGGUUGAAGUGCGCCGAACCGGGCUAUCCCGGUGUUUAUACUCGGGUCUCAGAGUUCAUGGAUUGGAUCGUUUCAAAUGCCAAGUGAUUUUGUUUCAACUCUCUGGUUGUAUUUUUACAUUGAUUUUUCAAUACGGGACGAUGAUAAAUAAAAUUACGUAAAAGAAGGAA